AUGUCGGCCGUGCGGCGCAGCCAGGCCGUAGGCCUCACCCUCGGGAUUCUCUUGAUCUACUUCCUCUUCUUCUCGGGCUCUGGCACGACCACAGACUUUCGCAAAACCACCGAGGCCUCGUUAUCGCGCCGUCGAGGCGUCUUGAGAGGCGCGCUCUCGGACAGAGAGUUGACUGCACAAACGAAUCGCGAGUUGCAGAUGAUUCUGGACAAGCAGAAGGAGCAGAGACAGCGGGACGAGGAUCAGAGGAUCUUUGACGCGUCGCCUGUCCAGGGCAAUCACCCAUAUACUUCGACCAUCAGUUUCGACGAUGAGAUCAGUAUCGGUGGAAGGAGGACCAUGCCAAAGGAGAAGCCGAAAUACCCUGUCGACACGACCACGGCCGUCGCAGCGGAUGGACAGGGCGAGGAAAUCGCAUACAAUGGGAACAAAGUCGAAAAGGCAAAGGAUGACGGAGAGACUCUGGCACGACAAGAACUGCAAAGCAUUUUGAAGAAGAGUCCAAUCAUCAUCUUCUCCAAGUCCUACUGUCCCUACUCAAAACGAGCCAAAGCUCUCCUUUUGGAAACGUACAAUAUCACGCCAGCGCCUUACGUGGUAGAACUCGACCUGAUCACCACUCCCGUUCCCAAGGCCCACGACGAUGAAGAUGACGAUGCGCCAGCGCCUACACUAGGCCGCAAACUACAAGACCUCUUGGCUACACUGACUGGUCGACGUACUGUGCCGAACAUCAUGAUCAAUGCGCAGAGUCUCGGUGGCAGUGACGACAUUGCUAGAAUGCAUAUGGAGGGGACCCUGGAGGAAGAGAUCAGAAAGAUGGGCGGGAAAAGGAUAGUCAGUGUCGAAAAGAAGCACAAGGACGGGGAAUGA